CUGGCUCUAACAAGCAUAUGUGGUUUUCUAGUGAUUCAGAAGUUUUUAUCUCAGUUCCUCUUGUCUCAAAGCAAAUUUUCUCACAGCCUGUCCACAUUCUCAUCCUAUACAGUCCACAGAGCAGCAGUGCUCAUUACAGAAUGCAGUUCUUAUGAUGUGUCUUGCAUCUUCCUUACAUUGUACAAGACCAAAGAGCUAACUAUCAAGCAAGAAUAAAAGGAAAGAGGAUUGUAUAUUAGAUAUGAAAAGAUGACAGCAACAGUGUAAAGCUGCCAGCAGCCCAGGACAGUCGGCACAGGGAACAGUAAUUUUACAAUUCUGUUCUAUUCAGGCUAAUCACAAUCUAAAAUAUAGUAUAUUCCAGAGCUGGCCAGGGUCCCCUUGAAGAAGAAUUCCAGGUCUUUGCUGGGAGCUGACUGCAGGGCUAUCUUACAAUGGACAAUACCAACAAUUCUUACAUUGCCUGUACCGUCAACAGAGAUUUGGAACCAUUCACAUAUUUCUAUUGGAUAAUAUUUUUGGUAGGCUUUUUUGGGAGUUGUUUUGCUUUGUGGGCUUUCAACCGGAAAGACAACAGCCAGAAAUGUACAAGUGUAUACCUCAUAAACCUGCUGGUGGCUGAUUUGCUACUGACUUUGGCUUUGCCAUUUAAGAUUGUUGUUGACUUGGGUUUAGCUUCCUGGAAGUUAAGGAUCUUUCACUGCCAGGUAACAGCAUGUAUGAUUUACAUCAACAUGUAUAUAUCAAUAAUAUUCCUGGGAUUUGUCAGCAUGGAUCGGUGUCUACAGACUAUACAGAGUGCAAAACUGUACCAAAUACAAAAAAGAGGAUUUGCUACAAUGCUAUCAGUAGUUGUUUGGGCUUUGGUGCUAGCCAUUAUGCUACCAAACAUGCUGAUCCCUAUAAGAGACAUUCCUGAACAGGAGGGUGUUGGAUGUAUUGACUUUAAACAGAAGAUCGGAAAAGACUGGCAUGUGCUCUCCAAUUUUAUCAGCAUUGCUAUAUUUUUGAACUGUUCCUGUAUAAUCUUGAUCUCUAAUUGUAUUACCAUUAAUAGACUUUAUAAAAAUAAGGACUGUGAGGAAUUUAACAACAUCAAGACAGCCUUUGUGAAAAUUUUUCUUAUAACAGCUGGGUACAUCAUAUGCUUCCUUCCCUACCACAUAGUCCGAAUUCCAUACACGCUAAGUCAAAAUGAUGUCAUCACAGACUGCAGCCUGAAACAAGUCCUUUUCCACGCAAAAGAAUCUACACUGUUGCUGUCCAUUUCAAAUCUUUGCUUUGAUCCUAUUGUAUAUUUUUAUUUCUCCAAAUCCUUUAGAACUAAAGUAACCAAAACAUUUUCUGUAAAGAAAGAGGCGAAAGUUGUGGCUGCGGAAGACACAGCCAUAGAAACAGCAGUCUAGGAAAACAUCCAUCAGGGUAUCCAUACUUCAAACAUGGAGGUUAGAAGAUGCUUCCAGGAUGCAUUGUACAAAACCAAAAGCCUACAUUCACAAAAAAAUGUUUUUAGGUGCAAUCUUAAAUAUUAUUCAUAGCAAUCAUUUACUUUCCAGACAUAUUUUUAUAUUGUAACUGUUGUGUACAUAAAAUGACUAUCUGGUUGCUAUGGACCAUUAAAACGUUCAUAUUUGAUAUGG